CUGAUAUGCUCACACAAAAAUCGCUGCAAAAGAUGCUUUCCAACAGCUGUUUUAGCAUUCGUUGUUAACUUGUGGACCUAUUUCCCCAAACGCCUCACACCCGUACAUUCUUCCGUUUAGAGCUUGAAUAAUAAACACUCCGGCCCAGGUGGUGGCGCUAAUCCGCCUUUGCCAAUUGCAAGAAUAGAAACAAAGUUCCCGGCGCGGAGUAAUACUGUACCUCACAGCACAUCUAAUACAUGUCAAUGGAGUUGGUAAAAACUACGAUAAAACCUGUUGGAAUGCGUCUUUUGGAGCGAUUUUUGUGUGAGCAUACCAGUGAACACCCCUGACCACUCGGUUGCUCAGGUAGUCAAACCCUCGAGUUUUGGAGUCCUCACCAUUAUGACCUUACACGCGCUAAUGUUGGACGGUCCCAUCGGGAUGAUCUGGAGUUUAGGCUUGAGCAGCUGUCAUUCUAGUACAUGGCCACACCUCCUGUGGAUGAUGUGGGCGUGGCUGAGCUCGUGUUCCUGGGCCCACCAGCACACGCACCCGCAUUCUAUCAAACUCCUUGGGGACAUCACGCUGGGCGGUCUGUUUCCGGUUCAUUCCAGGGGUCCCGCCGGGGUCCCGUGCGGGGAAAUAAAGAAGGAAAAAGGAAUCCAUCGUAUGGAGGCCAUGCUGUACGCAUUGGACCAGAUCAACAGCGACCCGGACCUGCUACCCAACAUUACGCUAGGGGCCCGGAUUCUUGACACGUGUUCCAGAGACACUUACGCUCUUGAGCAGUCUCUUACGUUUGUCCAAGCGCUUAUUCAGAAAGACACAUCUGAUAUACGAUGCUCCAACGGGGAACAACCAAUCAUACGCAAGCCCGAGCGAGUGGUGGGCGUGAUAGGGGCGUCAGCCAGUUCGGUGUCCAUCAUGGUGGCCAAUGUGCUGCGAUUAUUUGAGAUCCCUCAGAUCAGUUAUGCCUCCACAGCUCCAGAGUUAAGCGACAACAACCGCUACGACUUCUUCUCACGAGUCGUACCGCCGGACUCAUACCAGGCCCAAGCUAUGGUGGACAUCGUGAAGGCGUUGGGCUGGAAUUACGUAUCCACAUUGGCAUCGGAGGGAAAUUAUGGUGAAAGCGGAGUGGAUGCCUUCGUUCAGAUCUCUCGCGAGGCAGGAGGUCUGUGCAUCGCCCAAUCUUUGAAGAUCCCGAGAGAGCCCAAACCAGGAGAGUUUGACAAGAUCAUUAAGAGAUUAAUGGAGACCCCCAACGCCCGAGGGGUCAUCAUUUUUGCCCAUGAGGAUGACAUCAAGCAGGUUCUGGAGGCAGCAAAGAAGUCCAAUUUGACCGGUCACUUUAAGUUUGUGGGAUCAGAUAGUUGGGGAGCGAAGAGUUCUCCAAUCCUGGACCAAGAGGAGGUCGCCGAGGGUGCCGUCACAAUUCUGCCCAAAAGAGCAUCGGUUGAAGGAUUUGAUCAGUACUUUACUACUCGAUCCCUGGAGAACAACCGCAGAAAUAUCUGGUUUGCUGAAUUCUGGGAAGACGACUUCAGAUGCAAACUUACACGACCGGGGAUCAAGAUCGACCCAGAGAAGAAAAAAUGCACAGGAGAGGAACGGAUCAGUCGCGAUUCCCAUUACGAGCAGGAAGGAAAGGUCCAGUUUGUAAUUGAUGCAGUGUAUGCCAUGGCUCAUGCUUUGCACAACAUGCACCAGGAUUUGUGCCCGGGAGCUACGGGCGUCUGUGAUAAGAUGGAUCCAGUGGAAGGUCGCAUGCUGCUCAAAUACAUCCGCUCUGUAAACUUCAACGGUAGUGCCGGAACUGCAGUCUUGUUUAAUGAAAACGGCGACGCUCCUGGACGUUACGACAUCUUCCAGUACCAGAUGAGCAACACCACCAAUCCAGGAUACAAAGUCAUCGGCCAGUGGACCAAUAACCUGCGAAUCAACGUAGAGGAAAUGCAGUGGAGCGAUGGAUCCACUCAGAUUCCGUAUUCCGUGUGCAGUUUUCCGUGUCGCUCUGGAGAGCGGAAGAAAAUGGUGAAAGGCGUACCCUGCUGCUGGCACUGCGAACUCUGCGAUGGGUACCAGUUUCAAGCCGACGAGUUCAACUGCGAGACGUGUCCCUUCGACAUGCGUCCCACCCCCAACCGCACGGCAUGCCGGCCCACACCCAUCAUCAAACUGGAGUGGCAUUCGGCCUGGGCCAUCAUUCCUCUUUUCCUGGCCAUUCUCGGCAUAUUCGCCACCUUGUCGGUCAUCGUCACCUUCGUCCGCUUCAACGACACGCCCAUCGUGAGAGCCGCGGGACGUGAGCUUAGCUACGUGCUCCUGACCGGAAUCUUUCUCAUCUAUUUCAUCACGUUCCUCAUGAUCGCCGAGCCCGAGACGGUGGUGUGUGCUUUCCGCAGGCUGCUGCUGGGUCUGGGCAUGUGCAUUACGUACUCGGCCAUGCUCACCAAGACCAAUCGCAUCUAUCGCAUCUUCGAGCAGGGCAAAAAGUCUGUCACGCCGCCGAAAUUCAUCAGCCCCACUUCGCAGCUUGUGAUUACAUUCGUACUGAUCUCAGUACAGCUUGUGGGUGUUUUCGUCUGGUUCGGUGUCGUGCCACCGCACACCAUUGUGGACUACGACGAACUGCGUCCCCCAAAUCCAGAGCUGGCACGUGGCAUCCUGAAGUGCGACAUGUCUGACCUGUCCCUCAUCUGUUGCCUGAGCUACAGCAUCGUACUGAUGGUCACCUGUACCGUCUACGCUGUCAAGAGCAGGGGUGUGCCCGAGACCUUCAACGAGGCCAAGCCCAUCGGCUUUACUAUGUACACCACCUGCAUCGUGUGGCUGGCAUUCGUGCCGAUUUUCUUCGGCACGGCCCAGUCCACAGAAAAGAUGUUCAUCCAGACGACGACGCUGACUGUGUCCAUGAGUCUCAGUGCCUCUGUGUCUCUGGGGAUGCUCUACAUACCGAAAGUCUACGUCAUCAUCUUCCACCCGGAGCAGAACGUGCAGAAACGAAAGCGCAGCUUUAAGGCCGUGGUCCAAGCCGCCACCAUGUCCUCGCGGCUAUCACAGAAAUCCUUGAACGACAAGCAAAACGGAGAGACGAAAAUCGAGCCGGACAGGACGCAGUAGCAGAUGACCCUUGGAACAGCUGUUUACAUUUCAGAUCACAAGGGAACCGAAUCAGAGUUUUGCUGGGUUAUAUUUUAUUGGUUCCAGGUGUGGACGGUAACGAAGCCAACAUGCUGUGAAACACAAACCGCAAACGCUGCGAACAGAAAACACUUUAUCAAGCAUCUUUGUUUAACACUUGAAAUGCUUCGUAGAUAGAAAGUGUUCAAAGCUUUUCCCAUGCAGAGGAUUUUCGAAGAUAGCACAGCACAAUUUGGAUUAACAUCUCUUUUCUCUUCCUUUUUUUUUUUACCUUGAUACGAAUGUCAUUUUGUUUAUUGAGUUUACUGUGUGAUUAAUGUAAUGAUUAAUGUAAUAAGAUAUAAGCAUGAGGUGUUUACAGUGGUGUAGUUUUGGACAUUAUUGCACUGAUGAAAGAACACCAGAUCUGAUAAAUACUCUCUCUUCCUCACUUUUAACCAUACAGAUUAGCUCAAACUGUGUCAUAUUACACAAUUUUAUUUUAGAUUAUAAGAUGAAACAAUGAAUUAGAUCCUGUUUUAAGUUGAUUUAUGCAUCUUAUAUAUCAUGUUUUAACUUUUAUAUUUAUUGAAAAUAGUUUAACUUGGUGUUAUCAGUUAGUGUUUUUUUAUUUUAUUAAAUAAUGUUUAUAAUAAUUCUUUAUUGAUUGAUCUCCAUGGCCAAAGAUAUGUUGGUGCUUGUGUAGAGAAACCUGGAAAGGAUAUCCGAAAAAAUAUCAAUACAGCAUCCAAAAUGCAUCGUGAGUUUAAUGUACAUGGAAACUGGCUUUACUUUGAAGAAGAAAAAAAACAAUAUAAGUAUUAUUUUGUGCUUGAAUGACAGUUUGCAUGGGAAAAAAGUCUUAUUAUUGUGUUACCUGUGUAACAUGAUUGCUGUAUGUAUGUAUGUUUGAUCACAACAAGACCUUGACAUCUUUAUAUUUGUAACAAGUAAAUUUACUUGGAUCUGAAGCUGAAUUGUUUGGUAAAUGAUGAAGUUGUUAACAGACGAAGCAAUUCAGACAAGAUGUAAUACAGUACAGUUCUGUGCUCUGAAUGAAACGUACUCUUCUGAAUCUUGCAGUUUACAGUUUUUGUUCACAAAAAUAAUGUAAUAAUGCCCUACAGCAAGUUUUUAGACAGAUGUUUAUAGACUGUAUAUAUGGUCAGUGCUUUUCAUGCA